AUCCACCACAAUGAAGGAUGCAAGAUCGAGCUGCUCCGCAUUUUUCCAGGCAUCCUAGAUACAACAAGCAUAAACUCGUGAACGACAAAAGAAACUCGAACGACCUGCCUUUAAGUGAGCAUAGACAGCGAAGUUAUAUGUCUUUUGUAACCGGCCCUUUUCCAGCUUCUUUUGGAACUCCUGGAAUGAAAUCACAGGAGAAGUCGAGCUGGAGAAGCGUGCAAAGAAGAUCUUCUUCUCACAUCAUAAAUGAUCUUGUGCUGCCGCUCUCUCAUCUCAAGGGCAGUCGCGAGCUUCAUCCUAUGAUACGCAUCCCGCGCUUUCUCCUGGAGUACCACAUUUCUCUCAGGCAAUGCCCUGGACACCGGCGAUCACCCAUACCUGGCGCUUCUUCUCCUCGGCGAAGCGCUUCACAACCAUCUCCUCGCGCCGCACCUUGGGGCUGGGGUCGUAAUCCGGCCCCGGCGGCCUCCACGGGAUCAUCCCGCCGGAGCUGUCCAUCGCCCUCCAACAGCGCAAGAGCGCAAGAGCCCUAAAUUCCAAA